CUGGCGAUGUUACUGUUGGUACUGCCUGUUCCCGGUUUCGUCCAGCAGAGGGCAGAUCAACCAGCAAUUUCACUUUUUAAAUAACUGACAUCCAGGAAACACAACAUCAACAAGCUGAAGUAAGAUCACAUACAAAUAAACACAUUAUAAUUCAAGCCGCCCGGAGAAAUAAACGAGACAGUUUUAAACCCCUGUUACAGGGCCCACCAGGGAUGCCAUGACGUAGUAUAAAUAUGAUUUGUUGCGCAGCCUCGCUUUGGACCAGAGUGGGCAGGGUUGGGUCUGCAGUUUCUCUGAGCUAGUUUUAUAGUCUUUGCGACAUAAACAGGUAACUGUGUGACCUUCGUCGUUUAACAAGGAGAAGUACAUUAUUUCUGUAUCAUGUGAACUAAACACUUUUGUCCCCACCAAACUGCAGGGACGCAGGGCAGUUGACGCAUUCGUUUUCGCGGAGCACACACACACACACACACACACACACACACACACACACACAAGCUGCGAAUGACCAGAGAGGCUUGCUAGGACGGAGCGUAGCCGGGGCCAUCAAAACGUAACGAAAUAGCGAGAGGUUUUCCUGAGGUAUUUUAAAGCUGGUCGGCUCACUAGCUGACGGCAAACCAGGCAUGGACGACAAGUCAUUCACCAAGGAGUUGGACGGAUGGAUUGAACAACUGAAUGAGUGCAAACAGCUAUCAGAGAAUCAGGUCAAAGUCCUAUGUGAAAAGGCUAAUGCAUGUGGCCUUGCUUUGGAGCACACCAUUUGGCUGCAGCUGCGUGCAGUACAUUGCUAAGGGAAACCACUCGCCAAGAAGAUGGAGGGAGAUGUCUGCAAAUGUUUUCCCUUUCUACGCCCACUCUUGGUACCUCUUCACCACUGGAGUGCACUGGCACUACCACAGCAAACUGCCAAGGAGAUCCUGACAAAGGAGUCCAAUGUGCAGGAGGUGAGAUGUCCUGUGACAGUCUGCGGAGAUGUCCAUGGUCAGUUUCAUGACCUAAUGGAGCUGUUUAAGAUCGGGGGGAAGUCUCCAGACACUAACUACCUCUUCAUGGGAGACUAUGUUGACAGAGGAUACUAUUCUGUGGAGACAGUUAGUCUCCUGGUUUCUCUUAAGGUGAGGUUCCGUGAACGAAUCACAAUUCUCAGAGGGAACCAUGAGAGCAGACAGAUCACACAAGUGUACGGCUUCUACGACGAGUGCUUAAGGAAAUAUGGAAAUGCCAAUGUUUGGAAGUACUUCACAGAUCUGUUUGACUAUCUGCCCCUUACUGCGCUGGUAGAUAACCAGAUUUUCUGCCUCCAUGGAGGAUUGUCCCCUUCAAUAGACACACUGGAACACAUCAGAGCGCUGGAUCGCCUGCAGGAGGUUCCCCAUGAGGGUCCAAUGUGUGACUUGUUAUGGUCAGACCCAGAUGACCGUGGUGGCUGGGGCAUCUCACCCCGUGGUGCUGGUUACACCUUCGGGCAGGACAUUUCUGAGACUUUCAACCACGCAAACGGCCUAACUUUGGUUUCAAGAGCCCACCAGCUGGUAAUGGAGGGUUAUAAUUGGUGCCAUGACCGCAAUGUAGUGACGAUCUUCAGUGCACCAAACUAUUGUUAUCGUUGUGGAAACCAGGCAGCAAUCAUGGAACUUGAUGACACGUUGAAAUACUCCUUCCUACAGUUCGACCCUGCACCACGCAGAGGAGAGCCCCACGUGACACGGCGUACGCCAGACUAUUUCCUGUAAAGAUCCACUGGUGUGGAUGAUAGAGGCUACACAGAGGCUUGAGAAAAGAUGUAUUCAUAACCCCAUGGACCAAAAAAAAAAAAGUGUGCCAUAAUCACAAAACGAAAUGCAAACUAUCACAUCUAACUAAAGACCACCAUCCUUUCAACUUUUUCCUCUCUGUGCAUGAUGUUUUUAAUGCUAGAAAUGAUUGCUACUAUGAACAAUACAGUCACAAUACCUGCUGGUUUGUCAGGAAACAUGAAUGAACCAAUUCUGAGAAUAACAACUAAAUGUAAGUAAUCUUUGUGUUAGGGUGUUAAUGAUGACCAGAGUGUGUUGCCAUAUACAGUAUGUAGGCUACAUCUUUCACUUGGCAUGGCCUCAAAUCAAAGGUUGCAGUAAAUCUAAUGUGAACUCUUUUCUUUUUGUAACUGAAGCGCAACAGUUUAUUUUGUGAAGUGAGAUGAUAGGGUUAGACGUUGUAAAUUAAUCUGUUCUCUUUGCACUUUUGUAUUUGAUUUUUAUCACAUGGCACUGACAGACUAUGUUCUUUUUUAUACCCUGUUAUAGUGUAAGUAGCUCUCUUUCUGCUCUGCUGUCUCUUAUGGGAGGUAAUGUAAUUCAUUUAAGUAGGCAAUAUUGGAACAAAUUACAUCAGUUGUAAAAAGAAAAAUAACUUAAAUGUUUUGAAGCCACUGCUAUAUGAAAUAAAGACUGAAGUUGCUUCAUCA